CGUUGCCAAAACAGUGAGCAGAAAAUGAAGAUACAGGCACUGUCACCACUUCUCCAACGCCCGUUUCAGCCUCUAUUUCCUCCGCUCGCUCUCGGAUUCACUUUCAAACCUUCUUUUCAAACUCCAACCAAACACGCUCCUUUGCACUCUUCAUUCAUCAUAUUUUCACGUUCUUCGCAGUCAGUUAAGUUCCGUCCCUCUUUUGCAACGGUUACAGAAACCGAUGGGGUUGUUAUUGAGGACGACGACACUGAACCGGGCUUUGUAGACGACACCGAACCGGGCUUCGACGGCGACAACGAACUGGGUUUCGUUAACAUUGGCUACAUAUCCAGUGUUCAUGGUGUUCAGGGCGAGAUUCGCGUGAAACCAGCUACUGAUUUCCCUGAACUGCGUUUUGCCACUCCUGGGAGAAGAUGGUUGAAGAGCAAGGUUUUAGGUGCACAGAGUAUUCAAGAAAUCGAGCUGGAGGAAGGUAGAGAACACCCUGGACUCAAGAGUUGGAUACUCAAAUUCAGAGGAAUUGAAACAGUGGAACAGGCUAAGAUGCUCAUCGGUUCUACGUUGCUUGUGACAAAAGAAGAUAGGCCGGAAUUAGAGGAGGGGGAAUUUUACACACAUGAUUUGAUAGGGAUGAGAGUUUUUAUGAAGGAAAAUGGAACACUUGUGGGAACUGUUGUAAAUGUUUUCAAUAGUGGAGCCAACGACCUUCUACAAAUUGCACUUGAUUCAUCUUUUGAUAUGCUUGAUAAGAGUGGCAAGUCAAAGUCUGCAGGAACAGAUAUAUCUGGUCAGCUUGUUUUGGUACCUUUCGUUGAAGCCAUUGUUCCAGAUGUUGAUAUGAAAAAAAGAGAAAUGCAUAUUACACCACCUAAGGGACUCCUGGAAUUAAAUUUACGAUUUGAUGGGAGGUCCAAAAAAGAAAGGCGCCAACUUGAAUGGAAAGAAAGAAAAAAGUUUCAAAAGCGUCUCAUUGCAGCAAAAAAGAAACUCUCUGAAAUGGAGCAACAACAUGUAUUUCAAGGAUAUCACCAUGGAGAGAAAGAUCAAUGGAGCUUGCUUAGUGAUCAGAUUGUUGGUGUAAACUCCAAAUUGCUCCAGGAUGCUUUACAAAGUCUUGAACGUCCGGCUAAGAGAUGGACAGUAUCUGAGUUGGCCAGUGCCAUAGAAGCAAAGCUUAUUAAUUCCAUCCAAUUAUCAGAGGAAUAUUUCUCAAAUGGAAGUGAAAAUAAGUUGGUUAGAGAUAUGCAAGAGAAGGGACAUAAACUCAUGUCUGAGGGCAAAAUGGCUACGGUCUUCCUCUUGAAUGAAAAAGAGCAUCAGGAGGGUAUUUAUGACUCUAACUUGGUAGAAAAUGAAGCAGCUAACACUUCAAUUCUUCAAAUGUUUCAAAAGAUCAAAGGUCGUGUUUCUGUUCCUUUAAUUUUGGUUUCCUCGGCCCAACGAAUUCUGUCUUUAAGAGAUCUGUUCACAAGCAACAAUUACUUCGCUUUUGACUCUGAAAAGGUAUGGUUUUUGGAGGAAGAGAAGCUGCCAGUAGUUAGCAGCUUGCCUGAGGAACAGAACAAAUAUAAGAUUUUAAUGAAAUCACCUUGGGAAAUACUCCAAGCUCCUGUUGGAUCUGGAGGACUUAUUAGCUUGUUUUCAAAACAUGGCAUUGCAGAUAAUCUUAUUGACAUGGGUGUUGAGUACAUUGAGUUAUGCUGCCCAAGUGAAAAAAUCGCGGGUGGAAACUCAUUGCUUCUUGGGAUGGUUAAAUCACGGGAAGCCAAAAUUGGGAUGCAAAUUCAGCCUACGAUAUCUGAUUCGGAAAAAUAUUUUGACGUGAUAUUUUCAUUGGACUUCGUCAAGAAGUUGCAGAGCAGCAAACUCCAAUUUGAUGCAAUCCCAAGGGCACAUUCCUUUGUCGAGAAAGUUGACAAAGAAUGGGUUACUGUCACCACGUCCACCCCCAACUCAUUUGAGCUUUCUUGUAGUAUAUAUAGUUCCUUGAAUGCGUGUUCUUUGGAUAAGGUUUGUAUAGUAGAGGUUAGAGAAUAGUUCAAUGAAUUAUAUACAGUGAUAAGGGAUUCUUGGAUAGUGUUUCCUAGUACUCAUGUAAAUGAGGGAAAAAGAAAUAGCAAACAAGAGAUUCAACCUUAUUUUAUGAAAGAGAUUACUAAAAUUGGAUAUGAUUUUCAGUCAA